GAUCCGCUACGGUGCGGACGUCUACAUCGUAGCGCAUCCGUUGCGGCCUUGACACGAUUGUCAGCCCCGCCUGCGAUUUCGGAAUUCGAAAUCCGCGGUUGCUCUGUACGAAUUUGUGCGCGGAUCAGUGAACUAAUUGAAUGUUACUGUGUGAUUGUUUAGUGUAGUGCGGACAUUGGUUGGUAGUACACGUGGGUAGUAAGAUCCAAACUUCUGGACCGCAAUAUCCGGCGAGUAAGGAAAUGCGCUGACCUGCCAGUACAACAUGGCCGCUAUAGCGGUGCUUCUGGCGCUGCAGAUCGCGACCGCCACCGCUGGAAAGUGCACCACUGGAUUUUCGGUUGUGGCACCAGAAGUAGCUGUGCCCGGAAAGACAACAGCUGUCCUUGUCACCCUACAUGGAAGAGCUGGAGAUGAGCUGGAUCCUCUGAAUGUCACCGUCAGACUCGAGACGCAAGAUGCCGAUAACGAUGUGAAACUGUUGACCACUGCGAGCCAGAUGAUUACAGAUUAUGGAAUCAUCCUUCUCAAGAUACCGUCUUCGCCAGCCACUCACUGCACCCUACAUACCACAGUCGGUUGUCUUGGGAAUGAUGAUUGCACAGCUAAGAGCCAUAGUGUCAUCAGACUACUUGGUCCAGUCAGGGAUGUGAUUGUCCGACCUGCUCGACAUCAUUAUAGACCGGGCGAGACAAUAACAUUCUGGAUCCUGGCGCUCGAUCACGACUUACGUUUAGUUCGAGACGAACUGGCAUACGUGGCGCUCAGUGAUCCGGCCGGCACGAAAGUCGCCAUAUGGGAUCAGCUUUCCAUGAACGAAGGCGUCCGAAAACUCAGCGCCGUGUUAGCAACUGGAGCACGUUCUGGCACCUGGCGGAUUGAAGCCCGUUGCGGGGGAGGGUCUGCUCGUGUGGAUAUCACGGUCGGAACCAAAGCUGGUAACCUAGCAUCAGCAGCCCCAGCAGCAGAACAGCAUUAUGUGGAGCUGCGAUUUGCUGACAGCAUGAGACGACGAUACAAGCCUGGACUACCCUUUGUGGGACGUGUUGAAGCGAUGAGCACCGAAAAGCGAGUUCGUGUCCGUGUCAAGCUGUAUGACGACAAAACUGACAUCUACAGUCAAGAUAUCGAUAUGUCUACUGGGGAAGGUGGUUUCAUUGUACCAACUGUAAUGGCCGAUGCGCCUUAUGUCAACUUACAGGCGGAGCUGGUGGCUGUUGAAGGAAAAGAGAUAGAAACACAUUACGUCCUCGCUAGAGAGAGGAUCCGGCGUUGGAACUCAACAUCCAAAUGUUACCUCUUAGUUGAGAAUUUGCCUACACCAUUGCAGGCUGGUGGCAUAGCUAGCGCAAGUGUAUGGUCAUCGUGUGGCUGCCGACAGCGCCUCCUGGCGGCAGUUACGAGUGGGGGCCGAGCUGUGCAUUGGGCCGCAGUACCAGCACCAAGCCCAGCUAAUGAUACUGACUUAUGCCGCUUCAAUUAUACGUUUCCAGUGACAGCAGAUAUGGCACCAGUCAGUUCUCUUCUCGUUUACUACGUGACAGAGGCAGGAGAGCCUGUGAGCGACGUCGCCAGUUUCCACGUCCGAUUACUGCAUAAAGAAGUAGCAGUGGCAAUCGAAGAACGACGUUGGUGGUACCCACGGGCGACACUACAGAUGAGGGUUCUCGCUCCCCAGGACUCGACCAUGUGCCUAAUUGGGGCUCGUGCACCUCCUGAUACGAAAUUCGAUCCUCAUCAAUCAUCUACAGAGCACGAAGAACAGCCAGGUCCUGAAUUCGUGUCCGCUGGUGUGUCACUGUUCGUGGGAGGCGGUGCCUGCGGGGGAGGUGUUCUGUACAGACAAAGGACAGCGCCAGCCCCACAUUCACCUGCGCACCUGGUACCGCCUGCGUCCCACGACAGGCUGUGGAUGUGGAAAUGCUUCAAUUAUACAAGUCAACUUUCUACUGACGGUAUAACAAUCUCUGCACCUUCCGAAGCUGGUCGCUGGUCGCUAUGGGCAUUAUCUCUGUCAAACAGAGGUCUCCGAUUCUCAGCUCCUCGAACCAUCAACGUUUUCCGACCGAUCCAGCUCGACUUCUCCCUUCCCCCGGCCUUGAAGGUGGGGGAGACGGUGGAAGUGGAUGUGAAGAUUACGAAUAACAUCAAUAAUUGCAUGGAUGUGACAGCCCUACUAGCCCUCAGCGCAGGCGCAGCGUUCGCCAGUACCGGUGCUCUGUACGUUACUGAGAGAUUGCGGCUGGGCCCAAGAGGAGGUACUCAACUCGUGGUCAGAGUCGCUGUGAACACUCCUGGGAGAAAAAAUAUAACUGUGGAAGUGACUGGAUACAGCGCCGAUAACUGCUCAGUGUCAUACACGUCGUUCAACAACGAGACGCUAGUCGGCUCAGUGAUCCGAUCAGCAAGCGUUCUGGUACUGCCUGAAGGUCUACAUAGGAGUGACACACAGAGCGCGUAUUUCUGUGCAAAUGAACAUUUAGCAGUAUCAUCCCGUGGUUCCUGGGAGUGGCAGUGGGUAGCUGCGCCAAGGAAUAGAGCUGGUUUGGUGCUAGAGUUACGGUCUCAGGGUGCGGCCCACGUCGCCUUAUCUGCUAUAAAGGAGCCAUCUGAUGAUAUGUACAGGGUCGUCUUCGAGAGGAGCAGGGUGUGGAUCGCUAAAGGGAAACAUGGAUACGACGUACACUUAGCCAGUGCAGAACAAACGGAGAAUGAUGAAGAAUGCUCAGGCUCAGAUUCCUGGUGUGCCUGGUGGGUCUGGUGGGAAGGUGGCAGAUUGUCUGUCGGACGAGGAGCUGCCCCAUCAGAAAGGCGACUCUUGGUCUGGCCUUUAGCGCCCGAUAUGCGAAUAAAAUAUGUUGGAUUCAGCGCUUUGUGGGGUGAUAAAGCUGAUUUUAGAAUUUGGAACUUCAACGAAGAGGCUGGAUUCUCUCAAGUUUUAGAAUUGGGUCUCCCACGAGGUGUAGUUCCUGGUUCAGCAAGUGGCACUCUAUUAGUUUCUGGUGGUCUACAUCUACCCCUGUACAGUUUCCAGACAGAUUCAACCGAUCAGUGGUCCGAAGUUUGGAGAGAUUCUCAAUUGUCUGCAGCAUCAGCUAGCUUAGCUCCGUUAUUAGCUUUAGAACAUAUUCCACAUUUAGUUGAUGAUAAUGAAAGAGAGAAGAUUUUGAAAAAGUUACCAGAACAGGUUCAAGUACUCCUCUCAUUUCGCAAAACCGACAAUUCAUUUAGCGAUCAUCCGGCAAUGAGCAGUCAUUUAUCCACAAUCAAAAUCUUAGAAAUCUUAACCAAAAUACAAUCAUACUACCCAGUUGAUCCAGAUUUACUCCAAAAUAUCAAAAAAUGGAUCCAAUCUCGCCAAAAUGACGAUGGAUCCUUUACACCGCUGGCUGCUGAUAAAGAAGUAGAUUACUAUCCAGUUGAAAUAAAGAAAACUAAUGGAACUGAAAAAGAAGUCGAUGUUAAUGAGUAUUAUUAUUAUGACAAAGAUGGGAAUAUGACAAAGGAAGAAAUUGAAUGGGAAAGAACAGUAGAAGUUACAGCUGAGACAUUGGUUGCUUUAUUAGAAGUUGGUGUAGAGAGUCAGAUGGAUGCUGAUAUUGCAAAGAAAGCUCAAAGUUAUUUGGAGAAGAACCUAAACAAUUUGACAUCCCCUGCUGCCUUGGCUGCUACUGUAUUGGCUCUAGUACUUGCAAGAAGUCCAAUAGUGCCAGAAGCAUUGGUGAUCCUUAGAAAUGCGUCGACGACAGAAGAAGGUGAGUUUGGAUGGCCGGCUCCAAGAAAAGACGCUGCUGAUUGGCUGCUUGAAGAAACAUCGAGGAAUAUCAAAAUUACUUCUUAUGAAGCAGUAACAAUGGAGCAAUACGUGGCUGGAGUUCGUGUACUACUAGCGGCUUGUGCUCGAGGUGCACUUGCUGAAGGGGAAGCAGCCGCAAGAUUCUUGUACUAUCGAGCAUCUACAUUACAAAGGCAUCCCAGUUUGGCAUACAGUGCCACUAAAGCGGCAGCGCAAUAUGCAGCACUAGCGCAUGAUAGGCAUCGAGCAUUAACAGUGUCUCUCGCUACAGCGGGAAUGGAAUUAACGGAUACUCUAGAGCUCCGAGCUCGCACUCCUCCCAGACAACUUCAGUUACCUGGGUUGCCUACUAAAGUAUUUGUGUACGCCACAGGAGCUGGAUGUGCUACCGUGCAGGGAACGAUAUCAUAUUCUACGUACACACCGAAACCGGAGAAUGCAUUAUUAAAUAUUCAAGCUGCUAUAAUUGAAGAGAUCAGGCCUGAAAGGAGUAGUAUAGAGGAUUUACAAGGCAACUUGCCCACUUUGAUUAUCAAGACCUGCUUCAAAUGGAAAGGAAAAGAACGUUCUGGUAUCCUACGAUUGGAAUCCUCACUAUUUUCCGGAUAUGAAUUGCAUUCCGUCAAUCCUGUAGUAUUAGACGGGGCCACUUUUGCUGAUUUACAUUAUGGUUCAAGGGGCGAAUCUGUUUGGUUCGUUUUUGCUAAUAUUAGUUCAACGUGCCCAGUAUGUGUAACUUAUGAAGCAAGGUCCAAAUUCAUCAUAACUAGUUUACGACCCGCAUUUACCAAGAUUUAUCCAUCAACUCGGCCAGACUUAGCUGUUGAAUCUUUCUUCCAUGCAAGACCAGGAAGUCCUCUACUUAGAGGUAUUACUGAUGAUGAUUUUAUUACGUGGUUUGAUAAAACUGAGCUCGCAAGUCUCAAAACUACAACGAACAUUGAUAACAUUUGUGAGUGUGGACGUAUUUGUAGUCGAGAUUAUGAAUUUAAGAAACAUAUUAAAAUGAAACAUAAUAAAGCCUCUUCUGGUACAGGUAUUGAACCUACUAAAACUCCUCAAAGUCUUAAAGUAAAAGAAAUAAAAGUAACUAGUACACCAAUAAGCAUGAUUAUAAAUACGACUCAAAGGCCAACACUUGCUGAAAUUAUAAUUUCUACUACUAAAACCAUCUUGACUACGUCUACUCCUCAAGUCAUAGAAGAAAUUGCAACCACAACAAAUAAUGUACUAAACAACUCAACCCUAGAAAAACAUACUGAUGAUCCUAUUAUUAUUCCUACUGUAACUUAUAUAAAUAAAACUGACAUUUCGAAAGUCGAUAAUAAUAUUGUGCCAUUAGUACCCAAAAUUAAUGGAGAAUUGAUAGUGCAAAAAAUAUCUGCGCCAAAAUUAGCCUCAAAAAAUGAAGAUAUUAAGAAGAAGCCUCUUCCAAGACGCAAGGGUACUCUCAAAGCUGUUUAUGGUGACAAACAAGAGAAAUUCUUUUUAAAAGCAAAAGCAGUUACUAAUAGUUCAAUGAUUCAUAAGGGCAUUAUAACUAAACUAAAGACAAAUAAAUUGGUCGUUCAUAAUGAACAUAUUGAGAAUAAGACAGCAGCAGACAACAAUCAAACAAAGAUUUUUCUAAAAACUGAGAAAACAAAAACUCCAGAAGUAUUUCAUAAGAAUGAUACAAAUAUAAGUCUAUCUCACGAUUUUCAUACGGAAACGACAUGCAUGCCUCAUUCGAUUGCAGCUAUUACAAAUAAUAAUAUUAAGACAAUCCACAGAAUAAAGAAACCAGAAAUAAUUAAUCAAAUAAAUAAACCUAUCAUGCAUUUGCAUUACAACGUAACAAACGAUUCUAAAAAUGAUACUGUACAUUCUGAAAUAAAAUUAAAUAAAACGAAAAUGAAAAAUGUUAAUCCGGAUAAAUACAUUACGAAGACAUUAAAGUCGAUAAAUAAGGAAAUACACAAAUUACCUCCGACGCCUAUUUCCGAAACGUCAAAAAUUUUGACAGAUCCACCUAAAUUAGAUAUCGCGCCAGAAAAUAGGGGUGGCUUCGAGAUAUUGGAUAAAAAUAAUAUAUGGGAGCUUCUCAAAGAAGGUCCAAAUGUUGACGUUCCAAAAAUAGAAGAUAAGUUACAAGUGCAUAACAGAUUAAAUGUAUUAACACAAAAUGUGUCAAAUACAGCACAAAUCGGUAAUCGUUCAUUAUAAACUUUAUUGUUAUGUAAUAUAUAAGACACAAAGACUUCAGUAAAUAUUUUUGUAACACAUUCACGUCACGAUACCUGUACUGAAUUAUAAAUUGUUAAUAUUCAAAAUCGUAACACAACAAUUCCUAAGCACACUAAUUGUUGGUUGUUAGAAUGAUGUACUGCACUUGUUUGUGUAAUUUAUUAGUUACGAUUGGGUGUUUGUAAAUAAUAAAAUAAGCUCUAAUAUAAAUCUAAUUUUAAGACAUGCGCUGUGACUACCAUUGUGUGUUUUAUACCCAAUUGCUCAAAUCCUCGAUUACUUUUCCUCAUUUAAUGUUUCACUGAAGUUUUAUUACAUAGUAAUUUAAGUAAUACUACAUCUCGCUUGAGUAGAUUUAAAGAGAUUAUAAUGUUAUAUUAUGAAUAGGGUAUAACAGAAUGCCUUUAAGUGAUGGCAUUGUCAUAUGAAAAGAAAUAGUAGCUUGAUUUCAACGCUUGAAUGAACGUAGUAAAUGCAGAAAUAAAUUUAGGAGUGCUAGAAAAGAUGCAAAAUUUAGUGCGAUAAUAUUGGAUUAAUCUUUCUUAAACAAUUAUUUCAAAAAAUAUUUUUACUGGUUGUUUGGGUAGCUCUUAAAUUAAGAAAAAUGAUUUUUUAUAAUAUAAUUACCUAGUUGUGUAAAUAAUUUUACACGAGUUGCCAAAUCGUAAAUUGUAUACCUUUACUAGUAGAUUCUCCUGCGUUCUUCUAGGUAAUAAUUAUUUACCCUAUAGUAUAAAUAGUGAAAUCUAGUGUUCUAUAGAAUUAUAACUUAAUGCUAAUGCCCCAGAAUUUCCAUCCGUCUAAUCUAUCGUCUUCUGUAUCUAUUAUAUGUAAAUUGUAGUAUCUUACUGUAGCUGUCUAGAUGUCUAUCCAUUUGCUUUUAAAUUGUAGAUAAGAAACUUCAUUGUUCUUCAAUUGAUUUGCAAAAUUCUCUGCAAAAUUAUUUUUAUUUUUUCUUAACUCUGUUAUAUUUAAAUAUAAUUUAUAUUUAAAAAAAUCUACAUAUUACUGUCUUUCUUAUUACUUCUUCUUGGUAUUAUGUUCCUGUGUUCCUUAAAUUUUAGUUAAUAAUUUUCUUUUAGAGAACUAUCCAUCUUAAUUCUUCAAUAGCAUCUUCCUAAACUAAUAAUUGUAAAAAAUAUUGUUAAUUUACAAUUUCAUUUCUAAUAGUUAUACAUUAAAUAUAUAAAGAUUAAAAAAUCAUUCAAAUGAUGUCUUUUUAUAUGAGAUUUUCUUACAACAUUAAUUAUUCAAUUAGAAUAUUAAAACAAUAAUAGUAUAUUAUAAAUAUAUGUCUUAUUAAUUCAUUUGAUAUAUUGAGUAAUGAAGUACAAGUUUAUUAUUUUGAUGUUUCUGAAAGUCUAUGUGUUGUAUAUUUUCAAACAAUAAUUAUUAUUUUCAGUUGUUAUCAAUAGGUACUUAAAUUUUAUGAAUAAGUCAAUAUUUUUUGGUAAAUAAAAUUUUUUAUUAAUAAAAUAAUUAUUAUGUUUACUUUAAAAACUAAUGAAUCGUUUCCAACUUUUUUUUACUUUACUAACAAACUAAUAUAGAUAAAUAUAGAUAAAUGUUUGCUUCCUUAGUUUUAUAAUCAAUUUAUUUUUCAAAUUAAAUAUUUUUUUUUUUGUAUAGAUUUUUAAUAAUAUUUGAACACGUUUCUAAAUAUGUGUAAAUGUACGGUUGUAAGAAACUAGGUGCUUGUGCAAAAGAUCUCGUCAAUUUAAAUUGUAUAAAGCAUCCGACGGUAUAGGAUUAGUUAUAAAUGAAAUUAAUGUUUGUGCUUAUGGAUAAGUUAGUCACAUAUUUAAGUAUAAAACUUGAUGUACUGACACAGAUUUAAUUAAUAGGAGAGAUAAAGUGAUAACACCUGAA